GCGAGAGAUGGAUCAGUUUGGAUAGGAGGCCCCUGGAGGAGAAGAGGAGGAAAAGCCACACAAUCCAGCUCUGUCAAUGCAGAUUACAGCUUGCACAGGGGGAAGUGCUUGCUAAUAAUUAAUGUUUUUUAUUCAAUUUGGAGGGAGUACUCUGAAGCUAGUCACAAUCAGCCAUUUUGCUCCCUGGAGGUUGCUGAAAGCCCAGAUUCAGAGGAAAAAAACAGACGAUAAAUGAGCUCGAUACCCCUUUUCUGACUUAAGAUUUGCGUAAAAUCUAAAGGGAAUGGACGGAUUUUGCGACCAGCAAGUGCCUUACGUGGUCACCAAUAAUACGAGUGGGAGAGUUUGCCAUGAGAGGACAAGCAACACCAGAAAAAGAAAGUUUUUAAGCAGAGACCUGGCUCAUGAUUCAGAAGAACUCUUUCAAGAUCUCAGUCAGUUGCAAGAGACGUGGCUUGCUGAAGCCCAAGUCCCCGACAACGAUGAGCAGUUUGUACCGGACUAUCAGGGUGAUAACUUGGCUUUUCAUGGUGUCCCAGUAAAAAUCAAGAAAGAACCGCACAGUCCCUGCUCUGAACUGAACACCGCCUGCAGCCAGGAACAGCCUUUCAAGUUCAGCUAUGGCGAAAAGUGCCUGUACAAUGUCAGUGCCUAUGAUCAGAAACCACACGUUGGAAUGAGGCCCUCUAACCCGCCAACUCCUUCCAGCACACCAGUGUCUCCAUUACACCAUGCGUCACCCAAUACAGCUCAGAACCCUAAACCAGACCGUCUCUUCCCCCCGCACCUUCCUCCAUCUCAGCCCCUCCCAGACUCCAACUACACCAUGGAUCACAGGUUUCGCAGACAGCUCUCCGAACCAUGCAAUUCUUUUCCACCGCUCCCUGCACUGCCGCAAGAUGGCAGACCCGUUUACCAACGGCAGAUGUCGGAGCCAAGUAUCCAGUUCCCUCCUCAAGGAUUUAAACAAGAAUACCACGACCCGGUGUAUGAACAUGGCGCUAUGGUGGGGAGCGCCCCAAGCCAGACCUUCCCUCCGCCUCUCAUGAUUAAGCAGGAGCCAAGAGAUUUUGCUUAUGACUCAGAAGUGCCUAGCUGCCAUUCCAUUUACAUGAGGCACGAAGCUUUUCUGGCUCAUCCCAAUGGCACAGAAGGUUGCAUGUAUGAAAAAGGUCCUCGACAAUUCUAUGACGACACCUGUGUGGUCCCUGAAAAAUUUGAAGGUGACAUUAAACAGGAGCCGGGUUUGUACCGCGAAGGACCCACUUAUCAGAGGAGAGGGUCCCUUCAACUGUGGCAGUUCUUAGUCGCACUUCUAGAUGACCCGGCCAAUUCCCACUUCAUUGCCUGGACAGGUCGAGGCAUGGAGUUCAAGCUAAUCGAGCCAGAGGAGGUGGCGCGACGAUGGGGCAUCCAGAAAAACAGGCCAGCGAUGAACUAUGAUAAGCUCAGCCGCUCAUUGAGAUACUACUAUGAGAAGGGAAUCAUGCAGAAGGUUGCCGGAGAAAGAUAUGUGUACAAAUUCGUUUGUGAUCCAGAAGCCCUGUUCUCCAUGGCCUUCCCAGACAAUCAGCGACCAUUAUUGAAAACGGACAUGGAGAGGCACAUCAACGAGGAAGACACGGUACCGCUGUCACACUUUGACGAGAACAUCCCCUACAUGCAAGACGGCGGUUACUGUAACACUCACCCAUACAAUGAAGGAUACGUUUACUAGCGAUAAAGACGGACGAUGGAAUAUUUUCACUUUUCUUCGCCAGGCCCAAGAAAAGCAAAAUAUACUUUUUUUUUAUAUAUAUAUACAUAUAUAUAUAAAUAUAUUUAGUAGUUCCUAAAUGGGCUUUUCCUGUUGCAUAUCUCAAAAUGGUCUGCCAUGGACAGAGCACUUUACUUAUGGGACUUGGGAUAAAACAUAAAACGAUGUAUGUAACAGAAUGAUAAAAGAAGAUGGAAAUAUUCAUUUAUGCUCGGGAAGGGAACUUAAAGCGUACGGUACUACAUUACAAGUCAUGUCUGUAUUUACUUUUUUUUUUCUGUUUUUAAAUCUCAUAAUAUAUUGUACAUUUUUUUUCUUUUAAAACCCUGGGUACAGUUAACUUGUAUUGCUUAAAUAGGUGUAUGAAGAUUGGCCGUCGUUCUUUCCAUUAUUAAGGGUACUGGAGGUAAAUCUAUUGUUCUGACAAAUUCAGGAUGGUAAGGCAAGGCAGCUAAAAGAUCAGCUUUGUGAAGUCUAUUACUUUCUGACUUUGCUCCAUGGUGGCUCUUCAGGCUUUAAGAAAUCUCCAUUAUAUCAAAAUGUCAAAUUGUGGGGUUUAUUUUUUGAGCCCCUAAGUGUAUUUUAAAGGGGCAUUUGUAAUGCCUCCUACUGCCCCAGAAACCCUAAUACUCCCCUUGCCAGCGCGUCCUGACUGCUCCUUCCUCCUCCGCAGCCUGGCGACAAUACCCAGUGCUUUCAGGUAUUGAGGAACAUGUGACCUCCUCGGGUGCUCUGGGCUAGCUGGCAAUACCUAAACUCAAGUUCUAUCAAACUCACUGGUGGAGUGAUGUCACCUAUCCCUUUAGCAGUCGCCAUUAGGAACUUUAGUGCUUGGUGCAAUGCUGGCAAAGUGAGUAACGGGAGGAUGGCAGGGCGUUUCACUUUUCCUCGAAUGGGCAAAUUGACAUUGCUUCUUUAAGGAAUAACUAUCUUGGGUUGAGAGAGAGAAACUGUGAUUGUGGCUCCCCCUUCUGAAAACGCUACUGCUAUGUAAUAAAAUUGCAGGCAUAGAUGAAAUCUAGAUGCUUUAUCUAGGGGGAGGGGUUGUAUAAUUCAUCAAAGUCGGAUCUCGUAUUCGUCAAUGGCAGACCUGCAGGUUCCUGUCACAUGACUAUGUGUUCUGCAACCUUCCUCUUUGUAAAUUGCCAAGGUCGUUUUUUGGCUUGGUUGUGCAUAGUCUCAGAUUUAGGGCCGUUCCAAAAAAUAUGGGGCUUAGCUAGCAUGUUUUUUAUCUGCAAAGGGCAGAACUUGGGGGUACGUAGCAACUAAGUUGUAUCCCCUGAGUGAAUUCAUUAGCUUGUUUGACAGGAACGUACCUUGAACUGGUUGAACAAUGGAACAAGUCAGUUUUUGUUAAUACGGUUUCACAAAGUUGACCUUUUGCCUUACAGUAUCAAGAUUUUUUAUAAAGGGGAGUUAGAUUCCAAAUAUUAUAAUCCACAAAAUACCAUCUCCAUUUGUAAUGUACAUUUUUAAGAUUAUGUCUUGAAGGAGUUUCUCAUUUUCAGAAAAGUGAAAGUCUUCCCCCUCUGAUGACCAUCAAUGCCACACAUGUGCCAUGAUUUUGAUUUUGAAUUUUAGAAUUUCAUAUUUCCCAACUGUUGGAUCUGUAGACAAGUGCUGUGGCUUUGUUUAUGGAAGGCGAACCUUCUGGACAAAAAUGGGGCUCUCAUUUAAUUUGCUUAGAAAAUAUUCAUAAUUUUCAUUUCCAAAAUUCUGCCAAAUGCUACAGAUUACAAGGGAGCCAGGUUCUCCAUUUAAUACAUUUCAAUGUAUUAAUGAAAAUGAAAAACUCCUUUAAGCUGAAUUCUAGGGAAUUUAAGUGGUAAAGAAAAUGCCAUGCAAUCUUAAAUACAAGUUUUAAUAUAAUAUAUGAGGUACUGCUUGUGUUCAGAAAGAAGUAUGCAAAUAUUUUCUAACCCCUGUAAACUAUUUUAACUAAUUUAUAAGAAGAAUGCAAUACUAUUUUAACAAAUUUUUGAGUAGAAUGCCAUUGUCUUUAGUUGACAGCUCCACCAAUGUAAUACAUCUGUGGGGUGCAUUUUUGACUGUUCAUAGAAGAAAAUGGAUGGAUUACCAAGUUGUCCACCCAUGCUGUAAUUGGGUCACCUGGUUGUUGAAAUGGUUAAAAAAACAAAACUAAUUCUUACAGCAGACUUGACUUCCAAGUACUGCCAAAGCUUUAUGCUGUUUCUUGGCAGCUCAGUUCCUAAAUUGGCAAACGAUCCCAACCAGAAAUUCUACAUUGGUGGAGGUUUCAGCUUAAGUAAAGAGGUCGCUGUUGCAAGGCAAAUGUUUUGUAGUAAAGUGUUUAACAAAUUUAUACUUAAACCUCUUGGUUGAAUGGAAGUUUUAUCAUAAUUGGUGUCUCCAAAUUUGGUAGAAUUGGUAGAGUAAGGUAGGGGAGUGUACAUACUUCUGUGUCCCAUAUACUCUAAUCUACAUUAACAGUGUCUUUGAGACCUGUAGCCAGUGCCUUGUUAUGCCAGGGUGUUGGAAAUGUUGGUCGUAAACUACUCUCCCCUUCCCUAAAAUAAAUUUUGUUGAAUGUAAUCCAAA